AUGCCGUUUCCAAUGAAGAUCCAGCCAAUCGAUGCGAAGGGGAUGGUGAGGAGCGAGCCGGCCAAACCGGUGGGGAAAUCGCGGCUGAAGCGGCUUUUUGAGCGGCAAUUCCAAUUUCCAGCGGUGCUGAGGAUCUCGUCGGCGGAGAAACUCGUCGCCGCCGCCGGCGAUCCGGAGCCCAGCUCCGUGUGCCUGGACAAGAUGGUCCAGAGCUUCAUGGAGGACAGCAGCGAGAAGCCGUCCCGCUGCGGCCGCCACCGCUGCAACUGCUUCCACGGCAACUGCGACGAGACGUCCGACGACGACGCGGACUUCCCCGGCGGCGACCCCUCUCCGAUCAUCGCUACCUCCUCCGAUGCUGCCGAGGUCGUCAAGGGUUUGGUGCUCUGCACGAGCGUGGCGGAGAGGAAUCUCUUGGCGGACGCAUCGAACAUCAUGGAGAAUUUUACCAAGAUGGGCAAAGGGAAAGAAGAUUCCCGACGGGCCGUCGCCGACGGCCUCCGCGCUCUCGGCUACGACGCCGCCAUCUGCAAGUCUCGCUGGGAGAAGUCCCCUUCCUUUCCGGCCGGGGAGUACGAGUACGUGGACGUGAUCGUAGCGGGCGGGGAGAGGUUGCUGGUGGACGUGGACUUCCGAUCGGAGUUCGAGAUCGCACGGUCGACGAAGAUCUACCGGGCGGUGCUGCAAUCGCUGCCGUCCGUCUUUGUCGGCAAGGAGGACCGGCUGCAGCAGAUCGUCGCCGUCGCCUGCGAGGCGGCGCGGCAGAGCCUCAAGAAGAAGGGCCUCCACUUCCCGCCGUGGCGGAAGCUCGAGUACAUGCGGGCCAAGUGGCUCUCCCCCUUCGAGCGGACGGCCCCGAUCAUCCCCCCAGAACCAACACAACGAUCGAAUGGUGAAGGUGAAGUCGAACCGAGGGGAGAUUCGGAAGAUGGGAAGAAGAAUGACAACAGCUGCGGCGAUGGCGGCGCGAUCGGUUCGAUCUCUGCCAUACAGUCCUCCGGCGAGGCCGAGGAACCCAUACCCAUCGCCGAGGCGGAGACGGCGGAGGAGGGGGUCACAGAAGUGGUGUCGUCGUGGGAGCCGCCGGCGGUGAAACCGAAGGCGGUCCAGAGGGGGGCGAAGGUCGUCACUGGGUUGUCUUCCGUUCUCCGAGACGAGCCCUAAUUUUCGAAGUUUUGUUUUGUUUUUUUGUUUUGUUUUUUUUCGCUGAGAGAAAACUAUAUAUAAUAUAUAUGACUAUAACCGAAAAAUCUCCUUAUCCUUUUCUUUCUUUCCCCCUUUCGUAGGCUUGUUGUAAGAAGAGACUCGCCCGUCGACUAGUAUGUUAUCAUAAAUAAUAAUAGUAUAAAAUAACAUUUCGUUUUAAAUAAAUAACUGGGCCCACCCCGCCCCGCAGCAUCUGGUACGCGUUUAUACUAUUUGUUUUAAAUGUUGGCAUGUUGCUUCUGAGUUUUAAAUAAAAAUAAUUUUUAUGUUUGUUCA